AUGCAUCUUGCGCAACAUGCGCCCGGGCUCAUGGGCCUGGGCAACGGGCUGCGCCGCGAUGCGAUGCAGCUCACGCCGCCUAGCACACCAGUGGAGGUGGUUAGCCGGACGGUAUCAGUACCCGCUCUGGCCGGUGACAGCGACAGCUUGUACCGAGCCCGCCUUCUUCUUGCCUGGGCGCUCGUUCUACAGCGAGAGCGGGGCGAGGAUAACAAGCUGGACCGGUUCGCGUGUGGAUGCAAAUACGUCGGCGGUGCCGACACUUCAGAGCAGUUCUCGCUGUCUGCCCUUGGUCUGGAUUUGAGCCGUACAGCCACUGACACCGUUGCGACAUGCUUGGAAAAGGUCGAGCAGGCAAUGGGCGCUCUUUGCCCGCAGCAACAACUAGAAUCGCUAUUCUACAAUGACGAAUCUGGAAGUCUCGUCUCGCAGAAGGAGGCAUUAGGCUCAGAUCCAAGACAAUGGACAUUCCAACUGCGCGUCACUAGGGAAGACCAGGCGGCGCUCAGGCUAUGCGGCCUGCGGCACGGUAGCGGUCCCCUAACAGAACGCGAGGCCGGCGGCAAGCUCGACACGUUCACCGAGCUUCUCACCAUCAUCCUCCAGCGGCCCGAGUCUCCAGUUAAGGAUUUCCUCGACCCGCUCCCGCGUGAUCUCGAUCAGAUCUGGACGUGGAACGCCGCCGUGCCGCCAAUCAUCGACCGAACCAUGCACGACAUCAUCUCGGAGCAAGCCGCCGCCCAUCCAGACAAAGUCGCCCUGUCGUCCUGGGACGGCCAGUGGACAUACGGCGAGGUCGAGUCCUUGUCCACCCGCCUCGCCCACUACUUAUGCUGCCGCGGCGUGGCGGUCGGCACCAUUGUGCCCCUGUGCUUCGAGAAGAGCCGAUGGACCAUCAUUGCCCUGCUCGCCGUGAUGAAGGCCGGCGGUGCAUUUGCCCUCACCGACCCGACCAGCCAGCCGGAGGGCCGGCUGCGAGCCAUGGUAGAACAGACCGGAGCCAAGCUAAUCGUCGCGUCCGAGACACAGUCGGAUCUUGCGCGCAGGUUGCUACCCACUGACGGCAGCGGCAAGGAGGUCGUGACCGUCUCCGAAACCCUGCUCGCGCCCCUCCCAUCCGACGACACCACCACCACCCCAGCAUCCCCCUCCUCCUCCCUCCCCGUCAUCCCAACGACCACCUCCCCGCUCUACAUCCAAUUCACGUCCGGCAGCACAGGCAAGCCCAAAGGCGUCGUGGUCUCGCACGCAAACUACACCAGCGGCGCCCUCCCGCGCGCCGCAGCGGUCGGCUACACCCCCAGCUCGCGCGUGUUCGAGUUCGCCAGCUACGCGUUCGACGUCAGCAUCGACUGCAUGCUCUGCACGCUGGCGGCGGGCGGCACCAUCUGCAUCCCUUCCGACGCCGACCGCAUGAACGACCUGGGUGCCGCCAUCCGCGCCAGCGGCGCCAACAUGGCCCACAUGACGCCCAGCGUCGCCCGCGUGCUGGACCCGGCCGUGAUUUCCGGUUUGGACGUGCUCGGUCUGGGCGGCGAGGCCGUCUCGGCUGCCGACGCCGCCGCGUGGAGUAGUAAGGGGGACACGAGCGUCGUUGUUGCGUAUGGUCCGUCGGAGUGCACGGUUGGCUGUACUGUGAAUAACACGUUUGCGAGCAGCAAGUAUGGGGAGGAGAGGAGGAAGGUGUUUGCCACGGGAAACAUUGGCCGGGGAGUUGGGGCGGUCGGGUGGAUUGUGGAUCCUGAAGAUCAUGACCGCCUUGUUCCGGUCGGGGCGGUGGGUGAGUUGUUGAUUGAGGGCCCCGUUGUUGGCCUGGGCUACCUCGGCGAGCCGGAGAAGACGGCGGAGGUGUUCAUCGAGGAUCCGGCCUGGUUGGUAGCCGGACACGCGACUGUCCCAGGCAGGCAUGGGCGACUGUAUAAGACCGGCGACCUCGUUCGGUAUGACGGCGAUGGGUCCGGCGACUUUGUGUUUGUCGGGCGCAAGGAUGCACAGGUCAAGCUUCGAGGUCAGCGUGUGGAGCUUGUUGAGAUCGAGCACCAUCUGCGACGCUGGCUGCCGGCGGGAGUGAAGCUAGCCGCUGAGGUGAUCAAGCCGAAUGGAGGCGAGCCUACGUUGGUUGCGUUUGUGGCUGAGCCCGCUGCCAACCAAGCGCGGCUUCAGCCCGAUGAGCCAUCAAGUGAGGAGCCCCAGCAGGAGCACUUGAGUUUCUCCGAGGAAAUGACCAAGGCACUGAGCGGCAUUGACGAGACACUCGGAGCGGAACUGCCCCGGUACAUGGUGCCGGCCGCGUACAUCCCUCUACGUGAGAUGCCUUCGCUUCCGUCCGCCAAGAUCGACAGGAAGACGCUGCGAGCAAUCGGCGCCGCCAUGACACGCGAGCAACUUACUCUCAGCUCCCGGAGGAACAACAGGCGGACAGAUUCGGGGGGGCAACCCACAACUGAGACAGAGCAGGCUUUGCAGCGGGUCUGGAAGUCACUGCUCGGGGACCAUGUCGAUAGCAUCUCUGUUCACGACAGCUUCUUUGCGCUCGGCGGGGAUUCCCUCCGAGCCAUGAAGCUGGUGCCGGCUGCCAGGGCCGAGGGUAUCUUGCUGACGGUCGCCGAUGUGUUUCGCUAUCCGGUGCUUCGUGACAUGGCCGUUGUUGCGCGGAGGGCAGGGACUGAUGACCAGCAACAGUAUGGCGACACAACCCCAGACGUGGUACCGCCGUUCUCCCUCCUACCAGGCGACUGGGCCCCCGAAGAGGCGCGAGCUGAGGCUAGCAGACAUUGCGCUGUCGAUCCAAGUGAAGUGGAAGAUGUCUACCCCUGCACACCCUUGCAGGAGGCGCUCAUGGCGCUGUCGGCUAAGGUCAAGGAGGCGUACGUUGCGCAACGCGUGCUGAAGAUGGAGAGCGUUGAGGAGGCAGAGAGACUGCAAGCAGCGUUUGCGACGAUUGCAGCUGAUUCUACCAUCCUCCGCACGCGCAUCAUCCAAGUGCCGCAGCGUGGGCUGGUGCAGGUCGUGGUGAAGGAGCCCGUCACCUGGCGCUCGGCAAGCUCGCUGGCCGAGUACCUUGCGCAGGACCGCGACGAGCCGAUGGAACUGGGCAAGCCGCUAGUGCGCUAUGCCAUGAUUCGCGAGGACGGAGUUGCCCAUUUCGUGCUGACCAUGCACCACGCUUUGUACGACGGCUGGUCGAUGCCGCUGGUUGUCGACCGUGUCAAUCAAGCAUACCAGGGACUGUCGCCGCGCCGGCCCGCCGCCGAGUUCAAGCACUUCAUUCACUAUCUCAACAGGACGCUGGACCGUGCAGCCUGCGAUACCUACUGGCGCGAGCAGCUGGCGGGCGCUACAGGGCAGCAGUUCCCCCGCCUCCCGUUCGAGGGCUACCAAACACAGGCCGACUCGCUGCUGGAAAUCGACAUCUCCCUCGAGGGGCGGCGGCUGCCAACAUGCGCAAACGCCACCGUCACCCUAGCCACAGUGGUGCGGGCGGCCUGGGCGCUGGUUGCCUCGCAGUACUGCAGCGGGAACAGGGACAUCGUGUUCGGCGAGACGCUGACGGGCCGCAACGCGCCGAUUGUCGGGUGCGAGGAGAUUGAGGGCCCCAUGAUCACCACCGUCCCGAUCCACAUCCGCAUCGACCGCGACGCCACCGUCGAGGAAUAUCUGCAGUCCGUGGCCGAGCAGGCCGUGACGCAGAUCCCGUACGAGCACGCGGGGCUGCAGCACAUCCGUCGGCUGAGCGACGACGCGCUCCAAGCGUGCGAGCUGCGGACGGGGUUUGUGCUGCACCCUGCUGCUGCUGGUUCUGCUGCCGGAGAUGACGCUACGACGGCGGUGGACGGCAACACUUCGCCGGCGAAUGGGCUCGUGCCCGCGGGCGACGCCGAGGCUGCACGGGAGGCCCUCAAGUUCAAUACGUAUGCGCUCAUGCUGGUCUGCUCGCUGUCGGCCGAUGGCUUCUUUGUCAUGGCGAGCUUCGACUCGAGGACGGUGGACAAGGACACCAUGUCGCGAGUACUGGAACAGCUGCGAAUCGUGGUGCAUCAGCUUUGCGAGGGUGACGGGAAGACAGUCAAGGUCGGGCAGGUGCAGUGCUUGACGGAAGCAGAGCGGAGGGAACUGCACACGUUGAGCAAAUCGACGCUGGAUGUGGGAGGCCCUCGCGUGGCCCAGCUUACAGGGCUGACCGAGGACGAGAUUGAAGGUGUUUGGGUUGUUGAUGCGGCGGAUUGUCAGCGCCUCUUGCCGCGAGGAGCGGUGGGCGAACUGGUGGUUGCAUCACGCAAGGAGUUGGCAUCGCCUGCAGUGGCCAUUGUUGACUGUCCCGAAUGGCUUAGUGGGGAAAAUGAAGCCUUCAAAGGCACUGAAAUCGCGAGCAACGGCGAACGGAAGGCACACCUCUACCGCACACAACUGCUGGCCGCUUUUGACACCAUCUCUUGCGAAGCCGCGCUGCAGAUUCUGCAAUCCAUAACCGACCUCCCCAAACAAAAUGUCGCGGCAAAGCGGACCCCAGCCACGAAGGAUACCCGGGCUGUCACGGCGACCUCGACCAAGCAGAAGACACUCCGCCGCAUCUGGAGCCGUCUCCUCAACACCGACGAAAACUCGAUCUACCUCGGCGACAGCUUCUUCGCCCUCGGCGGUGACUCCAUCACCGCCAUGAAACUUGUCGCCGAGGCUCGCCAACAGGGCAUGCAGCUCAGCGUCGCCCAGGUCUUCGCCAACCGCACGCUCUACGAGAUGGCCAAUGCCAUGCAGCCGAUUUUGGCUGGUUCGUCGGGGCAUGCACCAUCUGAAUCUCAGGCUGCUCCUGAAUACAAACCGUUUUCGCUGCUUCACAGCUCGCUGACGCAACGAAUCCAACGCGAGCUCGAGAACGAACCGUGCAAGAUUAUUGACAUACUACCUACGCGGCCGCUGCAGGAGAUCGCCGUGAGGGGAACCGUCGAACUCCCGCGCUUCUCGAUCCGUUACGAGCUCAUACACUUCGAUGGUUUGGUGGACAAGACACGUCUCCUCCGCGCUUGUCAGGAGCUAGUCGCGCGCAAUGAGAUCUUACGAACCGUCUUUGUGCGGGUCGACAGCAACUGCUACAGCGUUGUGCUUGACGACUCUUUCACCGCUCCGGUAGUGGAAUAUGAGGUGGAUGACGCUGUGUCCUUUGCCGGCGAGGUUUCCCGCCUCGACUCUAAGACGCAGAUGCCUUACGGCUCUUCGUUCGUCAAGUGGUUCUUGAUCACCGACCAAGCGAAAUGCAGCCUGGUGUUCCGCAUCUCCCACGCGCAGUACGACGAGAUGUGUCUCCCCAUCUUCCUCAAACAACUGCACGGCUUAUACCAAGACUCACCCAACGUGCCGCCCUCUUACUCAUUCUCCGCCUUUGUCAACCACGUCAGCCGAGAGGCCAUACCCGCCGCCAUUCCCUAUUGGCGGAACCUCCUCGCCGGCUCACCGGGUAUCACCCUCCUCCGCCCCUCCACGCCCAUCACCGACCGCCGCCACUUCGCCGUGCACCGCACCGUCGACAUAGCCGCCCGCACCCGCGACGUGACAGUGGCAACCUUCCCCUCGGCCGCCUGGGCCCUAACCCUCGCGCGGCUGACGGGCAGCGCCGACGUCGUCUUCGGCGAGGUCGCCUCGGGCCGCAGCGUCGACGUGCCCGGUAUCCCCGAUGCCAACGCAAUCGCGGGCCCUUGCUGGCAGUACGUGCCGACGCGCGUGCGCUUGGGAAGUCAGGGUGCUGGCGGCGCCGUCACAACAACAACGGGCCACGACCUCCUCGCGGCCCUGCAGCACCAGCAUAUGGCCACCUCGUCGCACGACUGCAUGGGCCUGGACGAGAUCGUGCGUUGUUGUACGGACUGGGAUCCGGAUCCGGAUACGAAUGCGGAGGGGCAGCGGGGCAGGUGGUUUGAUUCGGUUGUGCAUCAGGACGUGGCGCAUGUUGAGGAGUUGGAGUUCGGGGUGUUCAAAGAAGGCGGGGGAGGUGGUACUAAGGCGAGGAUGGAGACGCUGUACCCGUAUGAGGAGCCGCUUCGGGAGUGGAAGAUUCAGGCCUUUUACCAUGUGGAAAGUGAGAGGUUGACGCUGGAGGUUGUUACCUUCCAUUCGUGGCGGGAGCAUGCCGUUGAGAUUCUGGAUAAAUUGGUGGCGUCCAUGGAGCAGCUGGUGAAGCGGCCUUGGGAGGAGUUGACUGUGGUUUGA